CCCUAUUUGGACCUCCGCCCGCCGCCCUCGACCCAUUUGGCAUUUUCUUUUGGCUUCCCCUUCACCGGUGAACUCGAGCGAGCAGUUGUUUUUGGUCCGCACCAGCGACUGCACUUUCCAAUCUAUGGGCGCGCAAUUGCUGGCCCAAUAGACCCUGCCCUUUUCCUUGCCUUUUCCUAGCACUCAAUUUCCGACUCCGCGGGGCGGCCCUGCAAACACAGAUACCCCGCCGGCCGCCGCCGCCAUGGCGAAAGCACCCAUAACGCCUCUCUUGAGGCUGCUCUGCUCCGUCUUCCUCUUCUCCUCCAAUGUCCUGGCCGUGUCCGCCGUGCUGGGCAUCGACCUGGGCACCGAGUACUUCAAGGCCUCGCUGGUGAAGCCCGGCAUCCCCCUCGACAUUGUCCUGACCAAAGACUCGCGCCGCAAGGAGGCCUCGGCCGUCGCCUUCAAGCCCCCGCAAAAUGGCCCCAAGGCCGGGUCCUACCCCGAGCGCGCGUAUGGCUCCGACGCCAUGGCCCUGGCCGCCCGCUACCCCGGCGACGUUUACCCGAACCUGAAGACCCUCCUGGGCCUGCCCACGGACACCGCCAUCGUCGCCGAGUACGCCGCCCGACACCCGGCGCUGCAGCUCGGCGCCCACAGCCUGCGGAAGACAGCCACCUUCAAGAGCCCCGGCGCCUUCACCCCGGAUGAGGAGCCGUUUCUCGUCGAGGAGCUGCUGGCCAUGGAGCUCCAGAGCAUCCAGAAGAACGCCGAGGCCAUGGCCGGCUCCACCGUCCGUUCGACCGUCAUCACGGUGCCGCCCUUCUUUACCGCCGAGGAGAAGCGCACCGUCGAGCUCGCCGCCGAACUCGCCGGCCUGCGUGUCUUGUCCCUCAUCAGUGACGGGCUCGCCGUCGGUCUCCACUAUGCCACCAGCCGCACUUUCCCCAACAUCAACCAGGGCGCCAAGCCCGAGCAUCACAUGGUCUUCGACAUGGGCGCCGGGUCCGCCAAGGCCACCAUCAUGAAGUUCCAGAGCCGGACCGUUAAGGACGUCGGCAAGUUCAACAAGACGGUCCAGGAGAUCCAGGUCCUGAGCAACGGCUGGGAUCGCACUCUGGGCGGCGACGCCCUGAACUAUCUGAUCCUGGACGACAUGGUGGCCCAGUUCACCGAGUCGCCUGCUGCCAAGAAGGUCUCUGCCACCGUCUCCGACGUCAAGGCUCACGGCCGCGCCAUCGCAAAGCUGUCCAAGGAGGCAGAGCGAGUGAGGCACGUCCUGAGCGCCAACCAAGCCACGGGCGCUAGCUUCGAGGCGCUGUACGAUGACGUUGACUUCAGGUACAAGCUCACGCGCACCGACUUUGAGACGAUGGCCCAGGAACACGCCAAGCGCGUCGUCGCUGUCGUCAAGGAGGCUCUCGGCAAGGCCGGCCUCGAUGCCGCCCAGCUGGACUCGGUCGUUCUGCACGGCGGCGCAACUCGCACGCCCUUUGUCCAGCAGGAGCUGGAGAAGCUCUUCGAUGCCGACAGGUUGCGGACCAAUGUCAACGCCGACGAGGCCGCCGUGUUUGGCGCCGGCUUCAGGGCCGCCGAGAUCAGCCCGAGCUUCCGUGUCAAGGAGAUCCGGGUCGCGGACUGCAACCCUUACACAACGGGAAUGAGGUGGCAGAGCCAGUCCGGCAAGGCUCAGCACCAGCGUCUUUGGUCGAGCGUGGCGCAGAUUGGCGGGCCGCCCAAGGAGCUUACCUUCACAAACAAGGAGGACUUCACAGUCGACUUUUAUCAGCAGCUCCCGCCCCUGGCGCCCGAGACCGGCUCCGACGUCGAGACCAUCACCAAGGUGCUUACGACCAAGAACCUGACGGCCACUGUCGCCGAGCUCAAGGAGAAGUACUCGUGCGAGCCUGCCGAUGUCCAGUUCAAGGUCAGCGUGAAGCUGAGCGCGGACAAUGGCGAGGUCGAGGUGGUCAAGGCCGCUCUCCAAUGCGAGAUUGAGGUCCAGGAGAAGGAGGGCUUUGUUGACGGCGUCAAAAACCUGUUCGGGUUUGGCAAGAAGGACGACCAGAAGCCGAUUGACGGCGAGGCCUCUGGCAGCUCCUCCUCGUCAACCAAGUCGAGCUCGUCAUCCGCCAAGGGAUCUAGCAGCUCGUCGGCCGCGGGCUCUUCUGCGUCUGUCGCUGCCGACGAGGCUGCAAACAAGAUUGUGAAGAAGACGGUGUCGAUCCCCGUCCAGCACGAGCUGACCAAGGCGGGUAUCCCGCAACUGUCCAAGGCGGACGUGAAAGCGCUCAAGGACCGCCUGAAGGCUUUUGAAGCAUCGGACAAGGCACGCAUGCAGAGGGAUGAGGCUCUCAACCAGCUCGAGGGGUUCACGUACCGCGCCAGGGACUUGCUUGAGAACGACAACUUCAUCAAGGCCUCGACCGCGACUGAGCGUUCUAGCCUCGAGAAGCUGGCCAGCGAUGCUAGCGAAUGGCUUUACGGCGAUGGUGUCGAUGCCAGCAAGGAGGAACUCAAGAAGCGUCUCAAGGAGCUGACUGCCAUUGCCGACCCGAUCCAGAAUAGGAUCGAUGAGAACCAGAAGAGGCCUGAGCUCGUCGCGGGCCUCCAGGAUGCGCUGGAGCAGACGGUCAAGUUUGUCGGAAACAUCAAGAAGGAAAUUUCCGACUACGAGGCCUUCAAGUCGGCAGAGGCCGCCUCGUCAUCGACCAGCUCAGAGUCUUCCUCGACGACGCUCGCCCCGUCACAGGGCGAUUUUGACGAUCUGGAGGAUGAUGACGCCAAGUCAACAACCAAGACGCCAACCAUGGAGGACGUUGUCAAGGAGCGCGGACCCGUCCCGCCCCUGUACACGAUGGAAGACCUCGUCGAGCUCGAGGAGCUGCACAAGACGAUCAAGUCGUGGCUGGACGGCAAGGAGGCGGAGCAGAAGAAGCUGGCCGAGACUGACAACCCUGUCCUCCUUGUCGCCGACCUGACCUCGCGGCGGGCCAAGCUGGAUAAGGCCGGUAUGGCUCUGACGAUGAAGGGGGUCAAGAACUUUGAGGCGAAGAAGAAGACAUCGUCCAAGAGCAAGCCCAAGAAGGCGGCCAAGAAGGGCAAGGGCGGCGACAAGCAGGAUCCGGUCAAGAUUGAGCUCGGCAAGGACGGCAAGAUGCCGACUCAGGAGGAGCUUGAGGAGCUGCUGAAGCAGAUGGGAGUGGACCCCAACGCCGAGGAUGGCAAGGCGAGCAAGGAGGAAGCACCCAAGGAGAAGACGAGGGUUCACGAGGAGCUAUGAGGGGCGGAUAUGUGGACAAUAUGGAAGGGAAGGGGAGGGAAGAAAAUGGGCAAGCGUGCGAUGAUGCAUUUCUCUCGAUAACCCACGGAGUUUAUAGGCAUACAGGAGGUAGACCUGGAAGAACCUGAAUGAUACAAGACCA